AUGACGACGUUGGACACAGGUCCUCGCAGUCGAUUCCGGGUCAGCCGGACCUUAUUUCUGUUGUUAUUUUGGUUGACAGUGCUUGGAGCAGAUGAGGGUGCCUUCAAACAGGACCCCAGCGUGCUGGCCGUCUUCAGCGGCCACUUCGAAGGCCGGGAAGUGGAGCUGGAGAAGCUGGUAUGAUUCAAACGGUUCCAAGGUUAAAUUACGAAAUAUUUGCAGAUAAUGGACCCUCUCACAAACCGGCUCUACGUCGGCGCUGUCAAUCAUUUGUACGAUCUCUCGCCGGUCGAUUUGAGCAUUCGGGAGCAAGCCUUGACUGGCCCCAAACCGGAUUCGCUGAUGUGUGCAGGUAAUGACAAAAAUUGAAAAAAAUUUACAAUUUAAAACAACUUCAAUUUUAAAAUUUAAAAAAUUUUUAAUUUUUAAAUUUUUUUUUCAAAAUUUCGAACUCUAAACUUGAAAACAUUUCGCUAGUUCACAAACAAUGCCAUUCUGUACCCGACGUCACCGCCUUCUAGUAUUCUGAUUCUGACGAACCGGAAUCGCUUUCUAAUUACCCUAGCUUUUUGUUUCUUUUCGAACAUGUACAGAUUUACAUUUUAAAUAAGCUAAUCCCGAAGUUGGUUCCGGAGAUUCCCUCGGACUGUGAUUAGCCUUCCGGAACAAGCGGCGGAUGUCACUGUCGAAAGGGAACAAGGCUAACUACGGCCUUGAUUGCGUGGCCAUCCUCGUCGUAUCUGCCCCAAGCAAACAAAUCUCUGUGCCUUUCCGCUUCUAAUAGUAAAGUCAGUGCCGUAGGGAGGGAGAUAGAUUCAGAUGUUCACAACAACAUAAUCACAUAAAUAUGUAGUAUAACAACAUAACCAUGUCUAACAGUUAAUAGGGAAACACAAUUUGAUUUAGUAGGUUAACAUUUCUAAUCGAUCACAAAGAAUGGCAUUUGUAUCUUUUCUUAAAAAACAAUACUUUCUUAAAGAUAAUACUCCCAAACAAUAUUAUAUUAGUUCAAUGCCUUUUAAGGAAUCAGAGUAUAAUAUAAAAUUAGUUAACAUGACCAAAGUUUACUUUCAGAUACGUUACGAAGAUGUACUGAGCCAUUAUCUCAAACGAAUUCGUACACAAAAGCUUUGGCCAUCGACCAGGACUCAAAUAAGCUGAUCGAGUGCACCAGUUUGUACCAAGGAAGAUGUCGAGUCAGAAAUCUGUCGAACAUUGGGCGUGAAGCUGACGUCAAAAGCUCGAGGCCGGGUCUUGUAGCUAACGAUCAGCGAUCUUCUACAGUAAUAUUUGUGGGUACAGGACCCAACUCAGCCAGUUUGAGUAGUGCCAACCAACCAUCCAAGGUUCUGUAUGUAGCCUCGACAUAUGUUUCCAACCAGAUUGGCAUACGUGAUGCUCUCGACGUGCCGGCUGUGUCAAGUCUACUGCUCGAUCCUGGUCGAUUAUUUGAAUAUACGGCCAAAGACAUCUCGUCUGGCACACUAAUGAAGCUGGAUUACAUUAAUCGACCGAACUUCCAGUAAGUUGUUAUCAGUUUAAUGUCAGUUUCUGUUUAGGAUUCAUUACAUUGGCGGCUUCGAAGCCAAUGGAUUCGCUUACUUUGCCACACGACAGCCAAAGUACUCAGGUGAAGGUCAACCUACGAUAUCAAAGUUAAUACGAGUAUGUACAGCUGAUGCAGAUUUCUACAGCUACACUGAAGUGCCGUUGGAGUGUACGAAGAAUGGAGUCAACUACAAUCUACUACAAGAUGUAUAUCUUGGUAACCCUGGCUUCGACUUGGCCAAUGAUUUGGACGUUAAGGUGACGGACCAAGUACUAUUCGGAGUGUUUACUCGAGGAGAAGGACCAGAAAGGAAUGUUUCCAGUCGAGAUUCAGCCAUUUGUCUGUAUCCGAUCAAACAAAUUGAAGCCAAGUUCUUUGAGAACAUUCGAGAAUGUUACAAUGGAAACACCAAUACAGUAAGUCUUGAUAUUACCCAUAUUUUGAGUUUCAAACUUUUGAUACAACAUAACAUUACCUAAAUUUAUAUUUGCAGAAUCUACCGUGGUUCAACUCGGACAAGAAGUGUUCCCAGACCAAAUAUCCAGACUCUGAAAUCAUGUGUGGCAAAGAUGUUAACAGUCAUAUCGGUGGUGAAAUCCCCAUCAUAUCACAAGCCUCGUUAUCAGAACAAAGUGUUCAGUUCACUUCAAUUGUCGCAACAUCAGUUCAAAGCGCUACAGUAGCCUUUGUAGGUACUCAAAAUGGUCAGAUUCUGAAGAUUAUUCUCGAAGGAAACGCCAAUUCGAGAGUUUACAAAAAGCUACAGCUGACUGACGGUAAUCCUCUACUACAAGAUCUUGAGUUGGAUGAAAAGAACGGUCUACUGUACGCGAUGAGCAGGAGCAACGUCUACAAGGUCAACAUCAGACAGUGCACACCAGCUACAGACUGUCACAGCUGUUUAGAAGCCGGAGAUCCCUUCUGUGGAUGGUGCAUGAGACAAUCUCAGUGUGUGACGGAAGAAGGAUGUAUUGGAGGAGAGAUCCGAGAUGCCAACAACCAGCGAAUCGGUACCAUUCCUGCCAAGAACGACUGGUUCAACUACAGGUCAGGUCGAUGUCCUCUGAUUCGAUCAGUGGAACCUCACGAACAACAAAUAACUUCCAGCAAGGUGUUGAGCAUAGUUAUGGACAACCUCCCAUCGUCGUUGGAUGGCUUCAGCUGCUCGUUUGUGUUCCCCAACCAGCAGACCUUCAAACUGCCGGCUUCUGUCAUGUCAAAUGGAGUGUCAUGUCCAACACCAACUCGAGCUGACCUCAAGACUCUCGCUUCAGCUGAGAAACGUGCCAAAGAAGGGCUACAAGCCAAGCUGACGGUGAUGAAGACUCACGACAACUCUCCUCUCGCUUCCACCAACUUCACCUUCUACGACUGUCACCAGCUACAGACUUGUACUGAAUGUGCUUCUAGUCGGUUUCCUUGUGAUUGGUGUACCAUUAGCAACAAGUGUGUACCAAACGCAGAAGAUGUGUGUCAAGGAGAACCAUUGGUGAACGCCAUCAACAGACAAGGGCCGUCGUCCAGAAGGGGACCGGAAUUCUGUCCUAGAUUCACUCCAGUCCAGCCAGCAUCUGAAAUCUUUGUUCCCUCAGGUCACAGAAGAAAGCUGACGUUGAGAGUUCACAAUGUGCACACUUCGAUGAGGAACUUCAAGUGUCAGUACACAGUAGACCAAUCAACCCACGAACGACCGGCUACCAGAUCUGGAGACACGAUUCAGUGUGAUGAACUCCGAUUUGAGUACUUCAGCCGCGGUUACGGUAACGGAACAGCUCGUGCCGACUUCUCAGUGGUCUGGUGGCCAGAUUCAGCUCUUACCCAGUCGACUGGCGGUGUGGCUAGUGUAUCUUCGUUGAUAUCAUCAGCAUUGUCAGCUCCUAGAGACCCAGUCGUCGCUCCUGUCGCUUCUUCCGGUCGAUCCAGAACAAUUACAGUAGGACCUGGCUUCAAAUUAGACAAUUCAGAUGACUUCCAUGUUAUCAUCUACAAGUGCGACCAACUGGCUACAAACUGUGGAACUUGUCUGGGACUACCUACAGACGACUUUGAGUGUGGAUGGUGCUCGGCUGAUGCACGAUGUUCACAUUCAGAUUCCUGCACGAUCAACGACAACCACUCCUGGCUAGCGAGAACGAGAGGAUCGCCUUCUGACCUGCGAUGUCCCUUCCCCAAGAUUGACUCGUUCUACCCCAAGAAAGGCCCCAUCAAUGGUGGUACCAAAAUCACAAUUAAUGGAGUCAACUUGGGACUGGACUAUCACCACGUCAAAGACGCAGUUCGAGUAGCCAACGUGAAGUGUGACGUGUCAGAACAUGAAUACGUUCCUUCCCAGAAGAUCGUAUGUCACACACGAUCUCCAUCUCAGCGACAAACCCAAGCUCAGCACGUUGUGAUCAAGUUGAAGGACGAUUCUCAGUACACUGCCGUUUCUAACGACACCUUCAUGUACGUCAACCCCAAGAUUCAGUCGUUCCGACCGUUCCGUGGUCCGCGAGCAGGAGGAACUGACAUCACUCUGAUUGGAGAAGACCUCGAUUCUGGAGCAGCCUUUAACUUAACGAUCGGGAAUGUCCCGUGCCAAGUGUUUCAACGUUCCAGUACUAUGGUGGUAUGUCGUACUGGACCGUCACACAACGAAGGCACUGAGUAUGUGGUUGUAAACACAGAUGGAACUCAAGUCAAGGUCGACAAUAUCCAGUUUCAGUACACGUAAGUAUACCUAUAUAACUGAAUUACUUUACAUCUUCACUUACAAUAUUACUUUAUUCUACGUUUAAAACUUACGUAUAAUAACUUUUUAUUAUAGUCAGAAUCCGAUUGUCGAUGGAGUAACUCGACCAGUAAGUAUCGUAUCAGGUGGCAUUGCUGUAGAUGUGUUCGGAAAGGGCCUCGACUUGCUACAGAGACCUCGGAUGAUCGUGACUCAUGAAGACAAGGUAUAUGUUGGUCAGAAGUGUGAAGUGAUUGAUGAACAUCUAAUGGUAUGUCGUGCUCCUGGGCUGGAUGACCUUCCAAUGCACAGAAGAGCUUCACUUAGUGUAGAUCGACCACUUUUGGCAGACUACGGCUUCGACUUGGAUGGUCAGCUUACUGGGUAAGUUAUAUUCUUCAUCAUAAUAUACUGUACAUAUUGUUGAUUGCGUCAAGAAUUAGAAGUGAUUGUGUUAUUGACAUAUCAGUCUUUCCACUAAAGAAUUACACAAAAUCGCAAACCCCAAUUUGAGGGAAUCGCUGUCGCGCCGAGAGUUGGGGAAUGUCGCGCGACAUACAGCGAGUCGUGCGACAUUCGCUUGCACCCUGCGACAUCAAAAGAAGAAUCGCAAUGUCGCAAGGUGCAAAACCUUGCGACAAGUUGUCGUAUCGCGGUUUAAAGGGCGAUGCGACAGCGUGUCGCUGUUAUCGCAACGCUCAAGUCACCAUCGUGUUCAAUGGAAGGUUUGCGACAAGUUUUCUUUGACUGUCGCAAGCCCCUUGACUUCUGCGACAACGGACCGGUGCGACAACUGGAGGCUUGCACUGUGCAGUCUUUCCAUUAUCGUUUGGGGUUGCAAGCGAUCGCGGGGGAAUCUGCACUGUGCAGGGGAAUAAAAAAGGGCGCGAUUUUCCCAGGGACUGCACUGUGCAGUUGUGUAAUUCUUUAGUGGAACGACUGAUAUAUUGUGUUUCAGAAACCUGACGAUCGAGCGUUCUCUGCCUAAGCUAACCAUCUACGACGAUCCCCGUGUCGUUCCAUUCGGUGAAGUCUUAACGAUAAAGCCUUCUGGAGACCUUGUCAUUAAAGGAGCGUCGCUGAAUGUGGCAGCAUCAACCCGAGAUGUGAGAGUAGUCGUCGAUGGAAAGCCUUGUAAUGUGACAGCUUUGGCUACGAGUACCCUGACCUGCCAGCUACAUCCUGACCUCUCGGAUGAUGACAUGGAAGUGGUUGUUUUCAUUGGUCAGCGUUCAGAAACAGUCGGUGUAGUCUCUCAAAGCAUGCACAACUCGUCCUCCAGUCUUUAUGUGAUUGCCUUUGUCUUGGCCUUCAUCGGCAUAUUCAUGAGUAUCACGCUGGUAUGUUUGUACAGAAGGAAGAACACUUCUCACAACAAGCAGCUACGGUACCUGAAGAACCAGAUGAACUCCAUUGAGAUCAAAGUAGCUCAAGAAUGCAAAGCAGCCUUCGUGGAGCUACAGACAUCGAUGAAUGCCAUUACUCAUAGCGUCCCUCAAGGAGGUUCUGUCAUCCCUUUGCUAUCGUACAAGGAUUACGCUGCUAGAGUAAGUCACAGUUUUAAGUUUCAAUUAGAUACGAAAUGCUUGUAGAGGUUGAAACAAGUUCCUAACCACUAAUCUCCUUCAGAUUCUGUUCCCACAAAACUUUGUCAACCAUCCGGUACUAUCAGAACUAGCUGUAGAAGCCGAACGCGCUGAAGCCAUCGAGAGUGGCCUACGGCAAUUGAAUCGUCUGUUACUCAAUCCUAACUUCUUGCUGUCGUUUGUGAGAACGAUUGAUGAGAACAAGUACUUGCUACUGAAGGAUCGUGUCUACGUGGGGUCUCUGAUCAUGGUGAUACUGCAAGUAAGUAUUCUUUAAGGUUUUUUUUAUAAAAUUCGUUUUAUAAAUUGUACUUAAACCCAUUUUACACUAAUUGUGUUUUAGGGCCACAUGGAGUACUGUACUGAAAUCCUGAAGAUUCUCCUCAAAGAACUGAUCAGAAAGAAUCUUGACGGUAAAUUCCAGCCAAAGAUUCUGUUCAGAAGAGCAGAAAGCGUAGCCGAGAGGAUGCUCAGUGCUUGGUUCUCUUUCCUUAUGUACCGAUUCCUGGAUCAAGCUGCUGGAAAAGAACUGUACCAGUUGUACUGGUCGAUAAAGCAACAAACAGAAAAAGGACCUCAAGAUGCUUUGACAAUGGAUGCACGGUACUCGUUGUCGGAAGAGAAGCUACUGAGGAGCUCGAUUGAAGUGAACGAACUGACAGUAUACGUGCUCAACGAUGGUACUCCUGGUGCGCUCUAUGAUGUACCAGUGAAGGUACUAGACUGCGACGCCAUAAGUCAAGUGAAGGAAAAGUGUUUGGACGCCAAGUACCGUACUACACCGUUCUCUCAACGUCCACACCCCAAUGAAAUUGACAUGGAACUAAGGACACCAACCCAUCGUAUGCUACUACAAGAUCUUGAUGCUACGUCCAAGGCGGAAAACGGCAUCUGGAAAUACAAUACUUUGGCCCACUACAAAAUCGAGAACAAGGCUACGUUAGCCUUGAUUCCGAGACCGGCAUCUGGGUCUGUCUACAACUUGUCAAUGUUAAGUGACAAAUCAGACAAGAGUUCUCCACUGAGCAUUCACAACAACUCUCUACAUCAAAGUCACGGUCACCUUCACAUGGGCCCUACCAACAGCCCCACCCUGUCACGACCAUUCGGAACUGCUUCAACUGGAUAUAACAAAGACGCCAACAACUCUGUAAAGGUCAUGCAUCUCGUGAAACCAAUGGAUCACUGUUCUCAAGACAACGAGGACAAGCUGGUCACAGAAGUGUACCUGACCAGACUGCUCACCAUGAAAGGCACUCUCAAACAGUUCAUUAAACGCAACUUGAAGAUGAUCUUGUCUGUAAAUAACGGUGUCACUCCUCUACCUCUUUGUAUCAAGUACAUGUUUGACUUCCUGGACGAGCAAGCUGCUGAGCAUGGCAUCGACGAUCCUGAUGUUGUUCAUGCCUGGAAGAGCAACGCCCUUCCGUUACGCUUCUGGGUGAAUCUGAUCAAGAAUCCGGACUUUAUCUUCGACGUUCCCAAGCCUACCAAGAUUGAAGGGUCUCUGAACGUUGUAGCUCAAACAUUGAUGGACGCCUGUUCAACUCAAGAUCAACUCCUGACCAAGGAUUCCCCAUCUUCCAAGUUGUUGUUUGCUGACGUUAUGGACGAGUAUAAAACUUGGGUCCAAGAGUACGUGGUACCGUGUUCACUUUUAUAUUACGUUCCUUUUUCAAGCUGAAAGAACUUUUAAAUUAACUCCGGGAUUUAAUUUUAUCUUCUUUCAGCUAUUACCGUGCCAUCCGUGAGAUGCCGCCAGUGAAGGAAGAACAAAUGAGCGCAUUCUUAGCCGAAGAAUCCAGAAACCACGCCAACGACUUUCGUGUCUUCUCCGCAUUGAACGAGCUCUACGUGUACGUGCAUCAGAACAAGGAAGCGGUACAAGAAGAGCUGUCGCAGAACGAUGUCGCCAUUCACCAACAACUUCCAGAAAAGUUCCAGAAGCUGCUGGACACGAUGGAGGUAAUUCCCGACGCUCUUAUCAUGAACAGCGGAUCGUUGGAGAACUACAACUCCAAGUCGAGGCUCAUGUCCAACUCGGCCAAUCGUUUCUAUUAG